AUGUUCUCCUUCAGUCUGGUCGCAGCCGUUAUUGCGCUUUCCGCAAUCUCCACUUCUGCUCGUGUCACUCCCAGACACCGUAUACUACCCCGAGUCAACACGCCUUCUACUUAUGACACGGCUAUCCUCGAAGCUUAUUUCACGUACCAUGCUCGUUAUUUGGCGUUGGGUUGCCAGUACAACCACGGCAACGACUUCUUUGAUGCAUGCUGUCACCCGUUGCUCCAAAACGAAACUUUGAGCGACCUCGAGGCCCGCUGCACUCCAGACCCUACUGUUCUCUCUUCCGUCAGUGCCAGUCUCGAAGGCUACACCUCCACAAGCUCCUCGUGGUCCUCGACCGCUGAUGUGACCCCCACCACCGAUGUGGUACAGGCAGCCGCUCCCACCACUACUUGGAGCUCCUCGUCUUCCGACACCUGGACCCCCGACACCUGGACAUCCUCCUCCGAUGCUUGGACUUCUUCCUCCGACACCUGGACUUCUUCCUCUGACACAUGGACUUCUUCCUCCGAUACUUGGACUUCCUCUUCCGACACUUGGACUUCCACUUCUUCCGCUGUUUCGGCGUCAAGCACUGCCAAUGUCAAUACCGGGGGUUUUGGCACAUUCUUCUACCAAAACGGAGUGGCAGGGGCUUGUGGAACUGUUCACAGUGAUUAUGACUUUGUCCUGGCGAUGGACUCCGCCAUUUACAGCGCUGACCUUUGCGGCAAAUCGGUGACAAUCACCAACACUGAUACCGGAGCGUCCGUGACGGCGGUUGUUGCAGAUGAAUGCCCAACAUGCAUCAACGCCAACUCCAUCGACAUGUCGCUUGGUGCCUUCCUUACAAUUGGUGCGCUUGCAACUGGUCAACUCAACAUCGAAUGGUACUACAGUUAA